GACCGCGCGGUAUGCCGGUAGGGAGGCAUCUCAGUCGGAGCAGCAGCUGAAGCGGCAAACAAAGACAAGGAGCACAGCGCGAUCCUGCAGCAUCCACGCCCACCCACACACACUCACACAGCAGCAGCAGCUCACUGUACUACUGACCCAUAAAUCCUCAAUACAAGACUUCCUUCACCACCACAAUGGAUGCCCCGUCUGAACAUGCUGCCAUGGAGCUGGACUUCGGCCAUUUUGAUGAGCGGGAUAAGGCAUCUCGUACUCCGCGAGGUGGACGGGCCAACGGUCUCCCCAGCCCCACCCACAGCGCACACUGCAGUUUUUACCGUACACGUACCCUCCAGGCUCUGACCAGUGAGAAAAAGGCUAAGAAGGUGCGAUUCUACCGCAAUGGCGACCGCUACUUCAAGGGCAUUGUGUAUGCAGUGGCCAAUGACCGUUUCCGCACAUUUGACGCUCUACUGGCUGACUUAACCCGAUCUCUCUCUGACCAUAUCAAUCUGCCACAAGGGGUCAGAUUCAUCUUUACAAUUGACGGAUCACAGAAGAUUAGCAGUCUGGAAGAGCUAGAGGAAGGUGAGAGCUAUGUUUGUGCCUCUGAGAACUUCUACAAGAAAGUGGACUACACCAAAAAUGUGAACCCCAACUGGUCAGUCAAUGUGAAAGCAUCAGCUAGCCAGAAGAACAUGCUGGCAAACCGCACAGGCAGUGAUCCAAAGGAGAACAAGGACUUUGUUCGACCAAAGCUGGUGACAGUGAUGAGGAGUGGGGUGAAGCCGCGGAAGGCCGUCCGUGUGCUACUCAAUAAGAAGACAGCACACUCUUUUGAGCAGGUGCUCACUGACAUCACAGAGGCCAUUAAACUUGAGAGUGGAGCAGUGAAAAGGAUCUACACACUGGAUGGCAAACAGGUCACUUGCUUGCAAGAUUUCUUUGGUGAUGACGAUGUUUUCAUUGCCUGUGGACCAGAAAAAUUUCGCUAUGCACAGGAUGACUUCUCCCUGGAUGAAAACGAGUGUCGGGUGAUGAAGACUCCCAAAGGACAGAGAGGCUCUACUAAGAGUCCCGGUCCCGUGCGACGCUGCAAGUCUCCGGCUGAUUCCACUAAUGGGACAGGCUCCAGUAGUCAGCUCUCUACUCCCAUCUCUAAGCAAUCUCCCAUCUCUACUCCGACUAGCCCCGGCAACACUCGCAAACAGAAGGAUUUAUUCUUGCCUCUGUCUCUGGAAGAUGAUGAUUCACAGGGGGAGUCCAUGUAGACUCUUUCCACUUUCCAUAUGUCAAUCAACAUGCCAAUCACAGAGGUAUCUCUGGUGCGAUCUGUCUUGAAAACAUCAACAUCACCGCCCCAAUGACCAGGGUGAAUGCACGCAUCACCUCUUCUGCUCCUUGGCCAUCAGGCUUUAGACCUCAAGGGUUUGCAGUGAUGGUCAUUGUACUAUUUGCUGCUUGAGAAUUUGUUAUAUCCAUUUUC